AUGGAUUCAUGCACAAAGGAAUUUUAUGAUAACCUUUUAACAUAUUUUAUCAAUUACGACCUUUCAUCAUUUAAUGUACGAAUCAUACCGAUGACUGAAGCCAAACAAGAUUUAAUUGAAUUAUCAACAAAUCCUUUAGAUGUAUGGAUAAAUACACAUUAUGAUGAAUUGUGUGCAGGUAUGAUAUGUAAAAAUGCUCUAUUCUGCAAACCAUCAGACAUGAAAGACAAGAAUUUCCAAAUGAGCAUUAAGGAUAAAUGUGAUAGGAAACAGAGAAGAAUAGACGAUAAACAAACAUGGUGUUAUGUUUUGAAAGAAGAAAUGAAAGGAUUAUAUAAACAGGUUGAACCAAACGAUAAUGAGGAUUCAUUUACUGACGAUGAAAUACCUGUAAAUGAUGCUUUAUAA